AUGUCAACCAGCAACUUCCAAGUGGCCGUAGUUGGCCUCGGUGCUCUCGGUAGCGCAGCAGCCUAUCACGCCGCCAUCAAAGGAGCUACUGUUAUCGGUUUCGAGCAAUAUGACUUUGGCAACAUCUACGGAUCCUCACACGACACAUCCCGUAUCGUCAGAACCUCUUAUGGCUCACCAGACUAUGUGGCGUUAGCCCGUGCAGCUUACAAAGACUGGGCUGAGCUAGAACGUCGAAGUGGUCUUCAAAUGCUCACCAUCACUGGCGGCGUUGUCUUCUUCCCCAAACUGGCUGAUGACGGAGCAUCUCUGAACAAAUUCGAGAAGAGCAUGAGUGCUUCUGAAUUCAUGAGGAGUCUUGAUGCAAACAAUAUCCCGUAUGAGGUCCUCAGCUCUCAAGAAGUCAAGAAGCGCUGGCCUUCGUUUGACAUUGCAGAAGGCGUUCAGACUAUUUACACUGCCGACUCAGGAAUCGUGCAUGCGUCCAAGUCUGUGGCUGCAAUGCAGUAUCAAGCUCGUGCCAACGGCGCUGUUUUGAAGGAGAAGACACGCGUGGAUGCAUUGAUCCCAGAUUCCAACGGCAAGGGCAUGACUAUCAAGACAUCUCGAGGUCAAUUCCACGCUAACAAGGUUAUCUUGGCUUGCGACGCGUGGACCAACAAGCUCAUUACUCCACUUGGCACAAACAUCCCGCUCCAGAUCAUGCAAGAGCAGGUCACCUACUACAAGCCAGCUGAUGUGACGCCAUUCGAUGAUACCAAAUUUCCUGUAUGGAUCUGGGCUGGCAACAGAUAUUUCUACGGGUUCCCCAGUUACGGCGAGCCAACAAUCAAGGCAGGCCGCGAUACAUCUAACAACUUCAUGACACCCGAAGAACGCACCUUUGUCCCGUCUGACGAUCUAUUCGACGAAUUGACCUCUUUUAUGGGCGGUCUGAUACCGGACAAGGGACGAGCCAUUCGAACAGUGACCUGUCAAUACGCUAUCACACCUGAUCGUCAAUUCGUCAUCAGUCCUUUGAAGAAUCACCCCAAUGUUAUUGUUGGCUUAGGUGGAGGUCAUGCGUUCAAGUUUGCGCCAGCGAUUGGUCGUGUGUUGGCGGAGCUUGCGAUAGAUGGUGAGACAAAGGAGGAUAUCUCCAAUUUUGGCAUCCCUAGGGUAGGGGCAGACAGCAAGUUGUAG